AUGUGCCAGUCUCAUACAGUUCAGAAGGAAGAAUCAGAUGAGUGGUUUUCAUCUCUACAAUACCUGAAUGCUAGUAUAAACGAUUUAUCUAUUUCUGAAUCAUUCUUAGAUCCUGGAAGUAUCUCUAAACAUAGUACUGAAUCAUUGGAAUGGUUUAUGGAUGUGCCAGUUAGUAUAAAGGAUAAGGAUGAUAAAACUAUUACAGCUACUGGAAAUUUUACAUAUAUUGAUAAUGGCAAACCUGAAUCAAUGUUAUGUUUAGGUAUGACAUAG